CCAAAGCCACUGGUUGGCUUUCCCAGUCCUCUGCAGCAGAGCCAGCCCAGCAGCUAAAGCUGAGACCCGGUUACUCCCCAAAAACUCUCUGCAACUUGGAUAUUCAAGACGCACAAUGGCCGGUCUCAAGUACCUUACUGGCUUUGGGAAUGAGUUUGCUUCUGAAGACCCUCGCUGUCCUGGGGCUCUACCUGAAGGGCAGAAUAACCCCCAGGUGUGUCCCUAUGGGCUGUAUGCAGAGCAGCUGUCUGGCUCAGCCUUCACCUGCCCCCGCCCCUCCAACAAAAGAAGCUGGUUUUAUCGCAUCCUGCCUUCUGUUCGGCAUAAGCCCUUCGUGCCGAUGAAGAGUGAAGACCUAACAGAGAGCUGGAAUGAAGUGGAACCCGACCCUAACCAGCUGAGAUGGCUGCCAUUCACCAUCCCUAAAGGCUCUGAGAAAAAAGUGGACUUUGUGGCAGGUCUGCACACGGUGUGUGGAGCUGGAGACUCCAAGUCCAGAAAUGGCAUUGCCAUUCACAUGUAUGCCUGCAACACGUCCAUGGUCGACAGCUGCUUUCACAAUUCAGAUGGAGAUCUCCUGAUUGUGCCCCAGCAAGGUGAAAUCCUCAUUACAACUGAGUUUGGGAAGAUGAUGGUGGAACCUAAUGAGAUCUGUGUCAUCCAGCAAGGGAUGCGGUUUGCCGUGGAUGUGUUUGGAGAGACCAGAGGCUACAUCCUGGAGGUCUACGGGGCCCACUUUGAACUCCCAGACCUGGGACCCAUAGGUGCCAACGGUCUGGCCAAUCCCAGAGACUUCUUGGUUCCAGUGGCCUGGUACGAAGAUCGCCAAGUGCACGGAUACACCGUCGUCAACAAGUAUCAAGGGAAGCUCUUCUCCAGCCAGCAGGACUUCUCUCCCUUCAACGUGGUGGCAUGGCAUGGAAAUUACACUCCGUACAAAUACAACCUGGAGAACUUCAUGGUCAUCAACUGUGUGGCCUUCGACCAUGCUGACCCGUCCAUUUUCACUGUGCUGACGGCCAAGUCUACACGCCCAGGGGUGGCCAUCGCCGACUUUGUGAUAUUCCCUCCUCGCUGGGGAGUGGCUGACCGAACCUUCCGGCCUCCUUACUACCACCGGAACUGCAUGAGUGAGUUCAUGGGGCUGAUCAAGGGCCACUACGAGGCGAAGGAGGAGGGCUUCCAGCCAGGGGGCGGGAGCCUGCACAGCAUGAUGACCCCCCACGGGCCCGACGCAGAGUGCUUCGAGAAGAACAGUACCAGCGACCUCAAGCCUGAGAGGGUGGCUGAGGGAACCAUGGCCUUCAUGUUUGAGUCCUCGUUCAGCAUGGCGGUCACCAAGUGGGGGCUGGAGACCUGCCAGCGGCUGGAUAAGAGCUACUACAAAUGCUGGGAGCCUCUCAAGAGCCACUUCAACCCCAACUGGAGGCCCAGCAACAAAUAGAUCACUUUGAUACGAAUACAAAUAAAAUGUUGAUGAACACAUUUAUUUUUAAGUGGGAACAAAAUGCCAUUCUCAUCAUUAUCCUUGAGAUUAGGUCAAAGGUAAGGGUAAUAGGGUUUGUGGGAAAUAUAGCACUUUGAUUUUACAACACAAUGAUUUUAAAAGGGAAAGAAAUGAAGCAGCAAUUCCAACAAUUAUCCCUGAAAUUAGGCGGGAGUAGAGCAGAGAAGGUUGUUUGAAAGGGAGACAGUAACCGCUUGUUGCACCUACACUAUUUUAAUGUAUUCCAAAUGAAAUUAAAUAAUGGUACAUGUAA